CUGCUCCAUCUCUCACCCACGCCAAUUCAUCUCGAUGUGCAAAACCCUCCAUCUGUACGGAAUCCUUUUUGCUGCUUGAGUCUGUUACCCCGCUGUCAACAUCAAGACCUCGUAAGCAGAAUCGCCCAAAUCCUGCUCCGUCUGAGCAUCGCUGUUAUCAAUUCAGCCUUGCAAAAGUCGGGUACAGACGAUAACUCCGCAUAAAAGCCUCUAUCGAUAGUGUUGCGCUUUGAGAACCAUCAACUUGACGUCGCAUGGUACAUUCUUCGAAGUGGGGGAUCUUGCGGGAUCGCCUCCAUUGAAUCUAGCAUUCCACGACUUUAGAGCCCACGUGGACGGCGUGGUAGGCACGCAUCUGAAAAGCAACUUCUAUACACAAAGGACACAAUGACAGACUCGCUCUCCCCUCCGGGGAGCAGUGUCUAUGCGUCCGACACAAUGUAUGUUGGUGAUGGAACCUGGGACAGCACGCGCAAUACAUUUCUACUCCCUAACCUGAUGGGACUCAACUUUGAUACUAUGCGAUAUAACGGCAUGGGUAAUCGAUUCAGAGACAUGGCGGGUUACCACUCUAUGAUAAUAGCACACGGAGUAAUCGCAACGAUUGUUUUCCUUUUCUUUGUACCAGCCGCGAUUUUAAUUGUUCGAUACUAUCCGAUACGGGAUCGCUACUGGGCAUAUAAAUAUCACUCGUGGCUUCAGGUGCUGACAUUGCUAUUAUCGACAGUCGUUUUUAUACUGGGAUGGUUCGCUGUUGGGCCACGACGGAGCCUGACAAACCCACACCAUGGAAUUGGAUUGGCUAUAUACGUUUUGGUUAUAUUCCAAGCGCUCUGGGGAUGGAUGUCCCACAAGGUAGAGCUGGGAAAAAGACGAUACCGUUCUCCACUAAAGCUAGUUAUUCAUAGGUGGUUGGGAUGGGCUACAGCAAUUCUGGGCAUUGUACAGAUUCCGCUCGGUCUAACUCUAUAUGGUUCCCCAAAAUCUCUAUUCAUCCUAUUUUCAAUUGCUGGCUUCUUUUGGCUUGCUCUUUUCUUUAUCCUUUCUUAUCUUUACGAUGAAGGCGGGUCGGGCCAUGAAUCCGGAUAUGAUAGUCGUGGCAGCUAUGUGUCAGGGCCAUCUGCUCCUCCAGAGGAAAGGCGUCAUAGUGGGCUUGGUCGCACAGCAGCCGCCGCCCUUGCAGGUGCAGGAUUACUAAAGCUUUUCCACAGUCGGUCACAUAAACACGCUGAAGAGGAUGUUCAGAGCUCCUAUUAUGAUGAUAAAUAUUCCGAUGAAGAACGGUCGGAACGUCGAACCGGCUGGGGAAAGCGUCUACUCGAGAUCGGCGCCAUUGGUGGAGCGGCUGCACUGGCGAAAUCAUUCUUUGAUAGAAGACGACAAAGAGAAAGUGAUAACGAGUCUGGCCGUUAUCGACCAGCACAUGCUCGCAGCGAUAGCUUGACAGAGGAGACCAUGAGUAGAGUUGAAGAAGGCCGCCCUCCUCCUCCUCCGGCUCCAGGAAAUCAGGGUCCGUACUUACAUCCCGCCAGACGGCAGAGCUAUAGCUCUACGGAUUAUAGCUACUACACCCACGCCGAGGACGAACAAGGCCAUGGGGUUCGCAAUGCAAUCCUUGGGGCGGGCGCCAUUGCCGCUGUUCGAAACCUGUUUAAGCGUCGAAAAGACAACGACGAGCAACGGCGUAUAGACGAGAUUAAGCGUCGAGACAUGGAAGAGGAGCGACUAGCUAGGGCGAACAGUAAACGAAAAUACACUGGUGAUGGAUUUUUCCCUCGCAGACAACGGCCUUCGCAAUCCGUGCUCUCUAGCGACAUGACUUCGGACAUUACCCCGCAACCAACGCGCCGGGGGAAUCGUACCCAGGAAGCAAUGGUGACUGGGGGGGUCAUAGACGGUUCCUCAACUGCUCCGCCCGUUCCUCCAGCCCAUGGAUAUGGCGAAAGUGCAGCUGGUACAGAGCUUGAAGCUGCUGCUGUGGGAGCUGCUGCAGGCGCAGUCGCCGGAGAAGCCAGCCGCCGUCGUAGCAGUAGUAGCCGAGCAAGACGACGAGACGAUCGACGUGAUGACGUUUCAUCACCACCAGUGUCUGUCAAAGUCAAAAUGCACAAUGAUGGACGUCACGUCACUCUGCGGCGGCUUACUGAAGAAGAAGCGGCAGCUAACAGAGAAUCAAAACGUCGAUCAAGGGAACGUCGCGGUUCGAGGAGACGCGGUAGCGCUAGUUCACUGUCAGGUAAUGAAGGAGCAGGAGGCUCUGACCGAUGGCGACGAGUCGAGGAGAUGGAGCGUCGUCAAACAGAACAAGUCCAACGAGAGCAGGCGGCUGCUCGCGCAGCAGAGUCUGGGGCCACCGCGGCUAUUCCACCUCCUCCACCUGGCCCUCCUCCAGCAGCAUCUUAUGCUGCUACUAGCCAAGCAUCGAUACCUCGCCCUCCUCUAUCAGGUCCUCCUCCAGCUGCGUCCUACGCAGCCACCAGUCAAACAUCAAUGCCUCACCCACCCCCAUCAAACCUUCAAUAUCCUCCUACCGCAAGUAUCACGUCGCCGACCUGGACAGGCACCGAGGCAAGUGCUGAUUAUGCAAAUAAUCGGAGACGGCGCAGGGCUGAGCGGGCUCAAGCACGAGCAAGGCAACAAGCCCAGCAUAGUGUCGAGUUUACUUAGAAGCCACUUCCACAUAUCUCUCUCUAUUUCUCACAUGCAUGAUGAAUAUCAAUGAUUCGAUUUCCGGGAAAAUUCUGGAUCAUGAACGGCGUUUAAUUACUUAUACUCUCUGAUGUUGUUUUAUUCCUUUUUGUAGUUGUUUACAUUCUGCACUUUUCGUUUUGAAGCUGGGAGGUAUUUUGGAAUAGGGCGAAAUUUCUUUGUUCAUGAUAAGAUUUCCAACUUCAUUGUAUAUACCGUGAUUGCGAGGGAAAUUUUGCUUUUUUUUCCUGCUUCCUGCAACCGUGUUUGUGUAUUUUGGUUCUGCGUGAGAUGUAUUUUUAGUUGAUAGUUUGAAAAAUUCGACGAGGUGAUGGAUACAUUAGUUUUGGUUGAUACACCUAUAUCUACACACAAA